GGAUGGAUGGAUAGUAGCCUACCACCGGGCUGAGCUGCCGCUGCUAGAGGAGCGCACACACACACACACACACACACACACACACUCUCUCUCUCUCUCUCUCUGGAGGAGAGUGUGUGAGCAGCUAGUCAGUCAGUGUGAGUGUGUGAGCCAUGUUGGAUGUGAAUGAACGGGAGGAAAGAUGCUCCGCUCCUAAGGCUCAGACCUCCAGCUCCACGGACCACAGCGGGUAGAUGCCAACUCUCCGGGCCGACGGAGAGACGGGGGAGCCUGGGGGAAGGUGUCGGGCGGUGCCGGCGGUCCUGGAACUGGAACUGGCCACCUAGUCGGAACGAGGGAGAGAGAGAAGUGACGGGGAGAGGGCAAGGCGCGCUGAGAGAGAAAGAGAGAGAAUAGGUGGAAGAGGGAGAAAGGAGGAGAGAGACAGAGAAAGGAAGAGACUAAAUGGCUGCACCGCUCUCGGGCUUCACCCCGCUCCUGCUCUCGUCUCUGCUUCUCCACCUGCUUCUCCCCGGCCCUUUGUUCAGCCUCACCCCGGGGACGGGGAACACAGGAGGGGCUGCCGACCGAUGGACCCCGGGUCUCUGCUACCGAGACGCCGGUAAAGUGAACCAGAAGCAACAGCAGCAGCGGCGGCGGUGCGAGGGACCAGGGGAGUCGCCGAGUGGCAGCUGGUAUCUACGCCCAGGCAGGUGGACCGUAGAGCGGAUACAGACUGAGGGAUGCUGUGGAGGGACGCGGGGAGGAGAUCAAUGGGAUGGAGAGAGAGGGACACGGGAGGAGAGACUGAAAAGAGUCGGGACGGUUUGGAGGAGUGGAGACGGUCCUCCGGCACCACCACCACCACCUCCUCCUCCUCCUCUCCACCCAGGUAUUUGGAGCAGGUCGAGCUCGGAUGGCGUCUGCUCAGGAGAGGGAGUGGAGAGAGGGAGGGUGAGGAGGAAGGGCGUUGUUUCACCUCCCGCUUCACCUGCUUUCACCUCGUCGCCGGUUCAGAACGGAAAGAAACGGCCAGUACAAAGGACUAGAGCGUGCGCGCAUCGGUGUCCGGCGUCAAGGCCACACCUCACCAGACGUGGCGCCGCCGGAGCCUUUGUGCGCGCCUCUGGCCUGUGCAGGGCACCCGGAAGUGGAGGGGGAGAGGUGUUGGAUACACGGUGCUCCCUGACACCUGAGCAUCUCUGCUGCUCCAGCCCCGACAAACGAGCCCCCUCCGCGGCCAACAGCCCCUCACCUGGCCCCGCGCCAACCGGUUGCUCUUGUUGCAUCCACCCCAUCUCUGGAUACAGUUCAGCACAUGAUGCGGCUCCAGCCUCCACCUUCAGAUCCAACCCCCCCCUCACAGAGAGUCCGGACUGUAUCCAGAGGUCACACCUGGAACACACGUGUCUUUUCUCCUCUUGUGGUUCCUCCCAGACCCGCAGCACAGAGGAGGUCCAGCCUCCCCCAGCUCUCAGGAGCAGCGUGGCCUGUGACGGUGACGGGGGCUCAGCCAGCGUGGACAGGGGGGGCGGUAAUUGUUCUCAUUUGGGCAGGCACAAUGCUAUCGAUCCCAGUAGCAGAGGGGAGGGGGGUGGUGAGAGCUGUUUGAACGGGUGCAUGAGGGGAAAGGAGGAGGAGAGGGGGGCGAGGAGUGGGGGAGGUGAGGAGGAGGAGUGGGAGGAAGCGUACAGGUGUAACCCCGGUACCAGGGGGCACCUGGGUCGUUGUGGGCCCCCUCUCCAUGAUGGGAAAGCUGUGUGUAACCACGCCAGAAUUAUGGAAGGAGGGAGGGUGAGGGAUGAUGGGAGACAGGGGGAGGGUGGAGGAGGGGUGAACCAAGGCAACAAACACAUUAAUUUAUCUAAUUAUCCGGAUGAUGAUUUGGCUUUUCUGAUUGUGACGCUCCCCCGUCAGACUGAGGAGGAGCUGCAGCCCCCGGCACAGAGCACACAGGCCCGGGGAGAGAGCAGGGAGGCUGCCGCUGGGGGCUUCGGUUGUUUGGACAGAAUAGAAACGGGGGGUGGAUAUGUGGCCGGGUUUAUGGUUCCCGGGGGAGGCGUAGCUCAGAGGAAUCUCCCCAUCCAAUUUACCCCCAGCAACACGACCGAAACGCGCGGCCGAUGUUUUCUAUCCGGCAGAAGCCCAAUUCCUAAAAUCUCAUCACACCCCUCUCCCCCUCCCCCCCCCACACGGAACCAGACAGGAGGUAGAAAACACUCCGAACCGUCUCGUGCUGAAGCAGGAGGAGCGGCUUCAGAGCCGCCGCCUCCCGGUGACUCAGGACUUUCCCCCGGUAAAUCUCCCGGUGUUGAGUCUCUCUCUCUGCCUGAGAUCAACCUGACCACAUGGCGGGAGUACUCCCCACCUUCUGCUCACCCCCCCUCUGAGGAGGAAGGUGUGACUUCAGCACCGUGGACAGCUCCCAUUGACUCAGAGCGCGCGCUUCUGUGGAGCCAGUUCAACAGCAACAACAACAACAACAACAACGAGGGGGGGGCAGGUGACGGUCACAGUCACGAGUCUGAGGUACAGAACAAGAAGAGGAAUACUCCGUGGCGCGAAGAGACAGAGGGGGGGCGAGCAGAGCGCGCGGACACCGUCUCCACCGACUGCUCCGUGCACGUGCAAUUAAAACUCGGUGAGCAAGUGCCAUCAGAGCCGGGAGGUGUCAGACUGUCAGAGAGGCGGCAGAUGGGGGGCGAGGCAGAGAGGGAGGGAGAGGGCUUGGAGGGGUCCGCUGCUGCUGCUGGGGGAGGAAAAUUACAGGUGGGGGAGGGCGAAGGAGAGGCGCUGCUGAGAGGAGGGACAGAACCAGAGGGAGAGGAGGAGGAGGAGAGGGAAGAUGGAGUAACAAAGGCGAGUCAGGCAGAGGAGAGAGAGGCAGAGGGAGGGAAGGGUCAGGAUGGGGGCAAUAGCAGCACCAGCAUCUCACAGCAAGAGAGAGAGAGAGGGAAGAAAGAGAGCCGGGCGGAUGAAAGCCACGAGGGGGGAGAGGUGGAGGGGGAGGGAGAGGAGGACGUGGGGAGGCCCAGCUCAAGGGGAGAGAGGAGCCUGGAGCGAGUGAUAAUAGUAGCAGAUGAUGAAAGCUCGCAGGGGGAGAGGGAGAGGAGGCUCCUGAUGCCCUGGCCUCGCUCUCGACGUGCCGCCAACAGACACCCCCAUUUCUCCCAGUACAACUACCAGGUGCAGGUGGCAGAGAACCAGCCCCCCGGCACCUCCGUCAUCGUCAUGGCCGCCUCCGACCCGGACCCAGGCGACGCGGGCAGAGUGAGCUUCAGCAUGGCUCCGCUGAUGAACAGUCGCUCCUCCGACUACUUCCACAUCCACCCAGACACCGGUCUCAUCACCACCACCCAGAUCCUGGACCGGGAGCACAUGGACCUGCAUUACUUCCGGGUCACGGCCACUGAUAACGGCUCCCCCCGCCUCUCCGGCACCACGAUGGUGGCCAUCACUGUGUCAGACCGGAACGACCACUCUCCUAUCUUUGAGCAGUCGGAGUACAGGGAGACCAUCAGGGAGAACGUGGAGGAGGGGUAUCCCAUCCUACAGCUCAGGGCCACAGACUCAGACUCCCCCUCCAACGCCAACAUCCGCUACCGGUUCAUCGGUGACACGGCGGCGAUUGCGCGAUCGGCCUUUGAGAUCGACCCGCGCUCUGGCCUCAUUACGACCCGGGGGGCGGUGGACCGGGAAACCAACGAGCACUACACUCUGCAGGUGGAGGCCAGCGACCAGGGGAAGGAUCCCGGUCCACGCUCCGCCACCGUCAAGGUCUUCAUCACCGUGCUGGAUGAAAACGACAACGUGCCUCAGUUCAGUGAGAAGCGCUACGUGGUGGCGGUUAAAGAGGACGUCCGGCCUCACUCUGAGAUCCUGCGUGUGAGCGCCACAGACCGGGACAAGGACAGUAACGCAGCCGUUCACUACAACAUCAUCAGUGGUAACAGCCGCGGGCAGUUCUCCAUCGACAGCGUCACAGGUGAGAUCCAGGUGGUGGCUCCUCUGGACUACGAGGCCGAACGGGAGUACACGCUCCGGGUUCGUGCUCAGGACAAUGGCCGCCCCCCCCUCUCCAACAACACUGGGAUUGUCAGCGUUCAGGUGACGGACGUCAACGACAACCCACCCAUCUUUGUCUCCACGCCGUUCCAGGCAUCUGUUCUGGAGAGCGCCCCGAUCGGUAGCUCCAUCCUCCACAUCCAGGCCAUAGACACAGACUCAGGUGAUAACGCCCGCCUGGAGUACAGGUUAACUGGCACCAGCUCGGACACGCCCUUCAUCAUCAACUCCGCCACAGGCUGGGUCACCGUCAGCUCCAUCCUGGACCGGGAGUCUGUGGAGCACUACUUCUUUGGCGUGGAGGCGAGGGACUACGGCAUGCCGCCUCUCUCCGCUACAGCCAGUGUCACUAUCACGGUGAUGGACGUCAAUGACAACCGCCCCGAGUUCCUACAGAAGGAGUACUACUCUCGCCUCAAUGAGGACGCUUCUGUGGGCACCAGCGUGGUGACCGUCACAGCGGUGGACCGUGAUGUCAACAGCGCAGUGACCUAUCAGAUCACCGGAGGAAACACCAGAAAUCGCUUCGCCAUCAGCACAGCCGGAGGGGCGGGACUUCUCUCGCUUGCCCUCCCAUUGGACUACAAACAGGAGCGGCGUUACGUCCUGACGGUCACCGCCUCGGACCGCACGCUCCACGACACCUGUCAGGUGCACAUCAACAUCACAGACGCUAACACGCACCGGCCUGUUUUCCAGAGCGCCCACUACUCUGUCAGUGUGAACGAAGACCGGCCUCCCGGCAGCACCGUGGUCAUGAUCAGCGCCACUGAUGAUGAUGUCGGCGAAAACGCUCGAAUCACCUACUUCCUGGAGGACAAUAUCCCACAGUUCCGCAUCGACCCAGCGAGCGGGGCGAUAACGCUGCAGGCGGAGCUGGACUACGAGGACCAGAUGACCUACACUCUGGCCAUCACCGCUAAAGACAACGGCAUCCCACAGAAAUCAGACACCACGUACGUCGAGGUGAACGUCAACGACGUCAACGACAACGCGCCUCAGUUUCUCAGCCCCAGGUAUCAGGGGACAGUGAGUGAAGACGCCCCUCCCUUCACCAGCGUCCUCCAGAUCUCAGCCACGGACCGCGACGCCCACGCCAACGGUCGAGUUCAGUACACCUUCCAGAACGGCGAGGACGGCGAUGGAGAUUUCACCAUCGAACCCACAUCCGGCAUCGUCCGGACUGUGCGGCGUUUGGACCGUGAGAGCGUGCCCUUCUAUGAGCUCACCGCCUAUGCCGUCGACCGUGGCGUGCCCCCUCAGCGCACCCCCGUCCACAUCCAGGUGACAGUUCUGGACGUGAAUGACAACGCCCCUGUUUUCCCUGCUGAUGACUUUGAAGUUCUGGUGAAGGAGAACAGUGCGGUGGGCUCUGUGGUGGCCCAGAUCACCGCCACCGACCCGGACGAAGGCGCCAACGCUCAGAUCAUGUACCAGAUCGUGGAGGGAAACAUCCCUGAGAUCUUCCAGAUGGACAUCUUCUCCGGGGAGCUCACGUCGCUCAUCGAUCUGGACUACGAGGCCCGAAACGAGUACGUGAUCGUGGUCCAGGCCACCUCCGCACCUCUGGUCAGCAGAGCCACGGUGCGGAUCCGACUGGUGGACCAGAACGACAACCGGCCCACUCUGAAGGACUUCCAGAUCAUUUUCAACAACUUCGUGUCCAACCGCUCCAACAGUUUCCCCAGCGGGGUGAUAGGGAGGGUUCCCGCCCACGACCCCGACGUGUCGGACCGGCUGUACUACACCAUCGACCGCGGCAACGAGCUUCACCUGCUGCUCCUGAAUCACACCAGCGGAGAGAUCCGACUGAGCCGAAAACUGGAUAACAACAGGCCUCUGGUGGCUCCCAUGCUGAUCUCCGUCACGGAUGGUGUCCACAGCAUUUCAGCCCAGUGUGUCCUCCGUGUCCUCAUCAUCACUGAGGACAUGCUGGGAAGCAGCGUCACCGUCCGUCUCCAGAACAUGUCCCAGGAGCACUUCCUGUCUCCGCUGCUGGGUAACUUCCUGGAGGGCGUGUCGGCGGUGCUCUCGGUGCCCGUCGAGGACGUUUUCAUCUUCAACAUCCAGCCCGACCUGGACGCGGCGCCGGGAGGGAUCCUGAAUGUCAGCUUCUCUGCCGCGCUGCCGGGAGGACACUUCUUCCCCUCUGAAGCCCUGGAGGAGCAGCUGUACCUGAACAGGCCGAGGCUGACCUCACUCACACAGAUGGAGGUUCUGCCGUUUGACGACAACGUGUGUCUGCGUGAGCCGUGCCAGAACUACAUGAAGUGCAUCUCCGUGCUGCGCUUCAACAGCUCCGCCCCCUUCAUCUCCUCGCCCUCCAUUUUGUUCCGGCCCAUCCACCCCAUCGCGGGCCUACGCUGCCGCUGCCCGGUGGGCUUCACAGGCGAUUACUGCGAGACAGAGAUCAACCUGUGCUACUCCAACCCCUGCCUGAACGGAGGAGUGUGCGCCCGCAGAGAGGGAGGCUACACCUGCAUCUGUCGUGAGGACUACACCGGGGACCGCUGUGAAUUUGACCGGCGACAGGGCAGGUGUGUGCCAGGUGUGUGUCGUAAUGGAGGGACGUGCCGGGAGCUUUCAGGUGGGGGUUUCCGGUGCGAGUGUCCUGCAGGAGGAUAUGAGCGUCCAUACUGCACCGUCACCGCCCGCUCCUUCCCGCCCAAAUCCUUCGUCAUGUUCCGGGGCCUCAGACAGAGAUUUCACCUCUCCAUCUCAUUAACUUUUGCCACCCUGGAGAACAGUGGUCUGCUCUUCUACAACGGACGCUUCAACGAGAAACACGACUUCAUCGCCCUGGAGAUCCAAGAAGGACAAGUGGUUCUGAAGUACUCCACAGGUGAAUCUUCCACCCAGGUGAGUCCCUUCCUGCCUGGUGGCGUGAGCGAUGGAAGCUGGCACACAGUUCACAUCCACUAUUACAACAAGCCAGCUACACGCUAUCCUAAGCGCAGUAUGAGUGGCGAGGCCCAGGGUCCGUCGGAUGAGAAGAUCGCUGUGGUGAGCGUUGACGACUGUGACACAGCCUUGUCGCUUCGCUUCGGGACACAGCUGGGAAACUACAGCUGUGCAGCUCAGGGCAAACAGACCAGCAGCAAGAAGUCUCUGGACCUGACUGGUCCAUUGUUUCUGGGCGGAGUUCCCAACGUACCGGACAACUUCCCGUUUGGCACCAGGGAAUUUAUCGGCUGCAUGAAGGAUCUGCACAUCGACAGCAAGCCGCUGGACUUGGCCGGAUUCAUCGCGAACAAUGGAACAAUUCCCGGCUGCAGUGCCAAGCUGCCCUUCUGUAAGUCCAGCCCCUGUCAGAACGGAGGAACCUGCAGGGUGAGCUGGGAGACGUUCUCCUGUGACUGCCCCCUGGGGUACGGAGGGAAGGACUGCAGCCACGUGAUGCCACACCCCCACCGCUUCCUGGGAAACAGCGCCCUCUGGUGGGACCUGAAGAACGACGUGACCAUCUCCACGCCCUGGUACCUGGGCCUGGUGUUCAGAACCAGAGCACGAGAGGGGACGCUGCUGCAGGCUCAGGCCGGCCAGUACACCAGCCUGCUGUUCCAGGUGAUAAACGGUCAGCUGGUGUUCUCGGUGACCCGCGGUUCGACCCGACCGGUGCGUCUGCGGUUGGAUCAGGUUCAGGUGGCAGACGGUCGGUGGCACGACCUCCAGUUGGAGCUGAGAGACGUUCGCAGCGGCCGUGAGACGCGCUACGUCGCCACGCUGCGGCUCGACUUCGGACUCUAUCAGGGAACAGUGAUAGUGGGAAACGAGAUUCAUGGUUUGAAGGUGAAACAUCUGCAUGUGGGAGGAGUUCUGGGCUCAGGAGAGGUUCAGAACGGGAUAAGAGGAUGUAUACAGGGCGUCCGGUUGGGUGUACGGCCUGAUGCCCCGCCCUUGCCCCGCCCAUCAAAAACUGUCAAAGUGGAGACUGGCUGUAACGUUGGCAACCCCUGCGUCUCAUCUCCUUGCCCCGCCCACAGCCGCUGUUCUGACCAAUGGGAGCGGCACACCUGUGUCUGUGAACCUGGUUACUAUGGGAGAGGCUGCACUGACGCCUGUCACCUGAAUCCGUGUGAGAACGACGCUCAGUGCCACAGGAAGCCAAGCUCCUCCCACGGAUACACCUGUGACUGUGGAGACAACCACUACGGCCAGUACUGCCAACACAGGAUUGAUCACCAGUGUCCCAGGGGGUGGUGGGGGUCUCCGACCUGCGGACCCUGUCACUGUGACACUAACAAAGGUUUUGACCCUGAUUGUAACAAGACAAGCGGACACUGUCACUGCAAGGAGUUUCACUACCGUCCGCGGGGCUCUGACACCUGCCUGCCAUGUGACUGCUACCCGGUCGGCUCCUUCUCGCGCUCAUGUGACCCAGAAACCGGCCAGUGUCAGUGCAGGCCCGGCGUGAUUGGUCGCCAGUGCAACACAUGUGACAACCCAUUUGCAGAGGUCACGAACUCAGGCUGUGACGUCAUUUAUGACGGUUGUCCAAAGACCAUCACUCAGGGGAUCUGGUGGCCUCGGACCAAGUUCAACCUUCCUGCUGCAGUGCCCUGCCCCAAAGGCUCAGUCGGUGCAGCCAUCAGACACUGUGAAGCAGAGAGAGGAUGGCUGGAGCCAGACCUUUACAACUGCACCUCUCCUCCGUUUGUGGAGCUGAACGCUGCUCUCGAUUCCCUGGAGCGUAAUGAGACGGAGCUGAACACCAUCAUGGAGAAGAAGCUCGCCCACCAGCUCCGUGACGUCACCGAGGCGACCGCGCGUCUCUACGGCAACGACCUGCAGAUCGCCGAGCGAUUGCUUUCCCGCCUCCUGACCUUCGAGACCCAACAGAGCGGCUUCGGACUCACGGCCACUCAGGACGCACACUUCAACGAGAAUGUCCUGCGAGGCUCCAGCGUUCUGUUGGGUCCCAGCACCUCUGGCCUGUGGCGGGCUCUCGCUCACAGUCAGAACCACAUCCCGGGCGGUGGUCCGGCCGAGCUGACGGAGCUGCUGGAGCAGUACGCCCAGACUCUGGCCCAGAACAUGAAGCUCACCUACCUCAACCCUGUGGCGCUGGUCGCUCCAAACAUAGUCAUGAACCUGGACCGCGUGGAGAACCACACCCACGUGCGGCGGCGUUUCCCUCGUUACCACACCACCCUGUUCCGUGGUCAGGUUCUGUGGGACCCCUACACCCAUGUGAUCCUCCCCCCCGCCGCCCUGGUGCCUCAACGACAGCAGCAGCAACACAACUGGAAGGAGAAGGAGCGGACGGAGAGAGAACCCUCAGCUCCUCAGAGCGCCGCUCCUGCCCCCGUCAGCAUCUCAGCCAAUCAGACAGGAGAAUACACCGCAGCCAGACGCACCGUUUCCCUACCGGAGCCGCCCAUCACCAUCGUCAUCAUGUUGAUCUAUCGAAGUCUGGGAGCCGCCCUCCCCCCCAAGUACCACACCGACCGGCGAGGAGUGAGGCUUCCCAGACACCCGGUGAUGAACUCGCCCGUGGUCACGCUCUCCGUCUACAACAACCAGACGUUUGUGGGCGGACACUUGGACCAGCCCAUCCUGCUGGAGUUCAAGCUGCUGGAGACGGCCAAUCGCAGCAAGCCGCUGUGUGUGCAGUGGAACCACAGCAGCCCGUAUGAGCCGGGAGGCUGUUGGACGGUGAGGGACUGUAUCGUGGUCUACAGGAACACGUCUCAUGUCCGCUGUCAGUGUCAGAGACUGGGGACGUUCGGUGUGCUGAUGGACAGUUCACAGAGAGAGCAGCUGGAGGGAGACCUGGAGACGCUGGCUCUGGUCACGUACUCCUCCCUGUGCGUCUCCAUGCUGGCCCUCCUCCUCACCGUCCUGGUGCUCUCCUGCCUCCGAGGCCUCAAGUCCAACACCAGGAGCAUCCACUCUAACACAGCGGCGGCCAUGUUCCUGUCGGAGCUGGUGUUUCUGCUCGGGGUCAACCAGACUGAACAGCAGUUUCUGUGCACCGUCGUCGCCAUCCUGCUUCAUUACUUCUUCAUGUCCACCUUCGCCUGGAUGUUCGUGGAGGGUCUUCAUAUCUACCGCAUGCAGACGGAGCAGCGCAACAUCAACUACGGAGCCAUGAGGUUCUACUACGCCAUCGGCUGGGGCGUUCCCGCCAUUAUUACAGGUCUCGCUGUGGGCCUGGACCCAGAGGGUUAUGGGAACCCAGACUUCUGUUGGAUCUCCAUCUACGACAAACUCAUCUGGAGCUUCGCUGGUCCGAUCGCCAUCGUCAUACUGAUGAACGGGGGGAUAUUCAUGAUCGUAGCCAAGAUGUCCUGCAACCCGUCGCAGAAGGAGACCAAGAAGCUUCCUGUCAUUGCUACCAUCCGUAAUGCCUUCCUGCUGCUGCUGGUUGCCACCUCCACCUGGCUGUGUGGCCUCAUGGCUGUGAACAACAGCAUCCUGGCUUUCUACUACAUCUUUGACGUCCUGUGCCUCGUGCAGGGUCUGUCGGUGAUGCUGGUCUUCACUGUGUUCAACUCGGAGGUCCAGGAGGCCUGGAGAGUGGCCUGUCUGGGUAAGAAGAGUCCUGGAGAAGACCCACCCAGACCUCCUCAGAGCACAGCACAGAAUCCAUAUCAUAAUGCAUCUCUGCUGGAGCAGAGCGGGCUGCACCGCAUCACCCUGGGAACCUCCACCAUCUCCUCCGUCAGCUCGGCCAGAGAAAAUCUUUUGGCUCGUCAAACUCUGGAACAAAACAUCGUCCACACUGGAGCCACGGACCUGGAUGUAGCCAUGUUCCACAGAGACGGAGGUGAGGACUCGGACUCGGACUCAGACCUCUCCAUGGAGGAGGAGCGCAGUCUCUCCAUCCCGUCCUCUGAGAGCGAGGACAACGUGCGACUCCGUGGACGCAUCCAGCGGCGAUUCAAACGUUCCAACCACAGCGAGCGUCUGCUCACAGAGCCCGCCCACAACGGCACCAAAGAUCUGGACGGAAACGACCUUUUGUCCUACUGGCCAGCGCUGGAGGAGUGUGACACACACACCCUGCAGAAGUGGGGCUCAGAGCGCCCCCUGGGGGCAGAUUACAGCAAGGACGCCGCCAACAACAACCAGCUGGAUGCAGCGCUGACCAGUGGAGACGAGAACGGCCUCACGCAGCCGCACAGACACCGCAAGGGGAUCCUGAAGAACCGUCUGGGCUGUCCUCCGGCGCUCCAGGGUCUCUCCACCAUGGGCCGAGUCCCCAGUGAGCUCAACUGGUACAGAACCUCUACUCUGGGCCACCGAGGCGUUCCCGCCGCCUCCUACGGUCGGAUGUAUUCUGCCACGGCGGGCGCCAGCGGAGGAACCGGUUCUCUGUCUCAGCCGGCGUCCCGCUACUCCUCCAGGGAGCACCUGGACUCUCUGGCCCGGAGGCAGCUGUCCCGGGAUCCACUAGGUAGGCAGACGGUGGGGGGGUCGAGGGACCGGCUGGACUCCCGGGGCUCCAGGGACAACCUUGAUCUCUUACCCAGGAGGAGGGAGCUGGGGCUGGGGGGCCUGGGCCUGGAGCACCAGCGAGUCUCUUCAUCCAGGGAGAACUUGACAGGAUCCAGGGACAGACUGGACAACCACCACACCGGCAGCGUCCACGCCUCCAGGGAGGACUUGAGCGGCGCUGUGGGGGCGGGGAUGGAGGGGGGGUACCUCAGCGGGUCCAGGUCGCAGCUCAACACGCUGACUCGGCGGCACGCCUCGUCCCGGGAGCACCUGGCGGGGGCGAUGAUGAGCAGCAGGUCGAGGGAGCAGCUGGACACCAACGGAGGCGGGGCUCAGGCUCAGCCGUGUCGGGAGUGGCUACGCACUCUGCCCCCCCGCCAGCCCUCACACCCCGACCAGCCCCCCUCCUCCUCUCCUCCUCCUCCCAUCUCGGAGGAGCCCCAGCAGGAGCAUCUCCCUCCCUCGGCUCACGUCAGAGGUCGACUGGACUCCGCCCCCCCGUGUAGGUACCCAGGUCAGACUGCCCCCCCCCUGGGCCGACAGCCGUCCAGUGAACACCUGGACAUCCUGUCCUCCAUCCUGGCUUCCUUCAAUUCCUCUGUCCUCACUCCUCCCCCUGCCGCCUCUAACCCCGGGCCUAAUGGCUCCGCCCACGGACCCUCCCCCUCCCCGCCCCAGUCCGCCACCUCCCACAGCAUAUCUGAAGUGUCCCCAGACUCUGAAGCCAACAGAAGUGAAGGACAGUCUUGAUGACAGCCUCCGUUUCCCUUUAUGCAUUGUGACGGUGCUUGGUGCACCGGGGACAAAGUCAAAGGUCACGGAUGACCCUGAACCAUUGGGGUGUCCUGAGACAUCGGAGGACUGGAGACAAACUGAGGACAGAGAGGACGUCUGUCUGUGGGCAGGUUGGACUGUAUAAAUAAAGUUUUUUGGAGCCCACAGUGACCUGUGACCUUUCUCUGGGCGAUGAGUCAUCACCUCGACGACCUACAAACACAAACUCCUCAGAUUUAUUCUCCAGCGUCAGUCUGAUCCGUCUGAGAGAAAACAGACUGUAAAUAACAUUUUUAUACAUUUUCUAUCUUUUUCAUUGGAGAUGAAGAAGAAAUCUCUUGUGAUGUCUCUUGUUUUUAAUGAUUGUGUCCAUGUGAGGUUGUGAGUGAGGGUGGUGUGAGUGCAGUCCUGUCUGUUACUGAGGGAGAGCCCCCCCCCCCCCCCCCAACCCGUCGCCUGGACGUGAUUCUGAUGAGAUUAUCAGGGAGGUGGGAGGGAGAGACGACAGCAGUGAGCAGAGGUUGUAAAUAGAGGAAGGAUUAUAAUGAGAGAGGAGGUUGAUGGGAGGAGAUGAGUGAAGCUAAACACCACGUGAACGUUCACAGGUGUGACAGUGUGAGCAGGUGGUGUGUCAUGUGACCCUCUGUAUAUGAAUGUGACCCGUUCAUGUGUCUGUCUUUGUGCCUGGUGCUGAACAUGAACAUAUCAGUCCACUGAUAUCACAACAACAUGUGUGCCGUGUUCUGGAGGCGGACGUGUGUCUGCCUCUCUGUAAGAGGCUGUUUCCAGUGACACCACUCGACCUGCCUCAAGAAACGCCGCAGGAGCCGCCGCCUCGCUGGCAGCAUCCAGGAGUCUCGUUUCUACAAUUCAAGCCAAAGGGACAGCUGCUUCAAACCAGUACGAGACGUCAGGUUCUCCAGUUCUCUGUGAUGGAGUUGUGCAGGGUGUGAACGCUGUAGAUGUAACUCACACUUUUCUUUUACUCAUGAUGUUUCAUUCCACCGCUCCGGUGACAGUCAGAGCGGCAGCCAUUUUGUUUUCAGGUUGUACGUCCGUCUCGUUCACGUGGACACGACGUCUCAGUAACUUCAAAUUUGGCACAAACAUUCACCAGGACUCAAGGAUGAAAUUAUAACAUUUUGGUGGUCAGAGGUCAAAGGUCGAGGUCGUGUUUCGGCCUUGUGAUUACAUUAUCUCAAGAACUCCUCGAGGGAAUCGCUUCAAAUUUAACACAAACAUUCACCAGGACUUGAGGACGAGCUGAUUAGAUUUUGGUGGUCAAAGGUUAAAGGUCAAGGUCAGUGAAUGCAAAACACUUUUUAGCCAUCAAGACUUCACACAGAAAUUCUGACAAACAGAUGUGACCUGGAACUAGUCUGGGAGGAGGGAUACGACCACGAGGAGGUGAUAAUACUUUUAUUUAAAGAUUGUGCCAUGGAAACGUGGAGCAGAGCAGAUCAGAGGGAAGGCGUGAUCAUCUCUCAGUGUGCAGGUCAUAUCCAGCAGGUAUCUACCUGAAGUUAUCAGCACCUGAAUCCCACUGACUCCGUCACAUCAGAAUUAUAUUCUUUAUACAUGAGACAUUUGUGAGGAAAGAGAGCGAGCUGUAAAUCUGUAGGUCCCGACUUUGAUCCAACGUCAGCCGUCAUGAAUCCAGAGUCCACACCGUCAGCGCAGAUUCUCUCUCAUUGUUAGGAUUGCUGUUCAAAGGCGAGGUCCCAUGAUCCGGCUCAGCUUCUGCAGCAGUUUCAGAGGAGACGAGAUGUCAGUUGUGUCAGCGCUAAAAGCCUCUAAGUGGCUUUGAGAUGCAAGUUGUUCCAUCAGCAGCUGCUCCUCUCACAGCUGCUGGAGCGAGCGCCGAGUUGAUGCCUUUAGGUAACGACACACGGGGGGGGGGGGCCUCACCAGCCUUCACACAGAUGAAGACGUCGUGAAUAACUUAGAUGUUUUUUGUAAUGAAAAACUGAAGGAAAGAUGAGGUUUUCCGUGGUCUGAGUUUCCUCGAGCAGAGACUGUGACAGUCAGAAAAUACUGUUAAUGACAAUAAUCACAUGAGAACAGCAGGAGAGGAAGAGAGUCUGAAACGACGUGAGGUUUAGAAGAAGAAAUGAGGUGACUGAGGAGGAAGGUGGGAUGUUACUCGUCAUCACAGAGAAAUAAAGAAAUAAACAGGGAUCUGAUGAGAUGUAUUGAGUGGACAUGAACACACACAUCACACACACAUCACACACCUCGCUCUGACGCUGCUCUGUGGUUCCCGUGGACCGGGGACGUGACAAACGAACCCAUGUGUGACAGUAUUGUUGCCAAAUCGUGGUCCUGCUGGGUAACGCUGCCUCCUUUAAAGGAGCAGUCCACCUUAAAUAAUCCAACACUGAUUCCCUCUUACUCUUUCGUUUCCGUUUAGUUUUUUCACAGAACCGUUUUUCUUCAACCGACGAAACCUUUAACUUGUACAGACAUGAGAUUUAUUUUAUCCAUUGAUCAUUUAUUGACAUUGUAUUGAUUAUUUAUGUUGCCAUUUUGUACGAGAGGCUGUUGAAGAAGUAUUUGUAAUUUUGUUUUGUUCAAAUGUUCCUUUUGUUUAAAUGUGACGUCUCUUCUGCUCUCGAGUCUCUCGCUGCAACAAACUCACAGAUGGAGGAAAAGAGAAAAGAUGAAAAUGUUAAUUUAUCCUCAACAGGACACUGAGCUUUUACACAUUUAAACAUAAGCAGAAUACAAAGUUAUUAAAUUGGUUGUCUGGAAUAAUCUUCAUUAGGUCCAUUGAUCCUCUCCAGACUGAACACGUGAACAUAUCUAUGCUAAAGGUUAAUACUGGGUGUUAUAGUGCAGUUAUAUUCCAAAUCAAAGCUUUCUUCUCCCUGUCCACUUUUAUACAUCCCAGGCUGAAGCUUCACAAGCACAAAAUGAGAUUAUUAACCAGUAAUUGAGCUUCUACAGGACAGACUUCAGCUUCAGCUUCAUCUGGUUUGGACCAACAACAGAAAGACGGAGCUGAGACUCAGACGCUGUGAGCUCAGAAAAAAGAAGCAGAGUGAGAGAGCGAGACGGAGAGAGGAGGAGGAGGAGGGAGAUUGUCUUUGUUAGCUUGUGUGUUAAUUAUGGGAUGCCUUCUAUCCCGCCGUUGGCAAGGGGACGGCGGCAUGGAAACAGCUGUUCCCCUGUUACCGCUUAAACGAGAGAAAUGUUGGACAUUAAAAAAAUGACUUAUUCCUACAAGACGUGUGUGUUUACAUUUAUUCUUUGUGUGUGUGUUCAUAUAUUAUUAUUAUUAUUAUUACUACUAAUGAGCUGCUGACAUAAUUACAUCUUUUCACCAGUGUUUUGUAAAUGAUUUGUGGGUCCAGCCCUGCAGCAGGCCCCGGGCCACAGGUUGGGAACCGCAGAAUUAGAGCUUUCACUUGUGAUGCAUUAUGUCAAUGACAGGUCCCGACAAAUACAGGUAUACAAGGAUGAGUGUGUGUUGCUGUUUGAUAUUCAUGAGCAGGUGUGUUCAGGUGCAGAGGAAACAUCCUGACAGACACGUUUUUCUGGAAGGUUUUCUCUCGUUUUCUUUUGACUCAAAGUUCUGUCAUUCUGAGCUGAACUGAGAUGUUCAGCUGUCUCCUUGAUUCCCAGCAGGAAGUGUGAGCUGCUGACAGCAGCACCGGCUGAGACUGAACAUCCGUCAGCCCUCAAACGAACCUGGAAACAGGCUUAAACAUAAUCUGGUCAGAGGCACGAGACACGGUUAAACAGCUACGCUCCAGACUGAGCCAGGAAGAAGAAGAAGAACACUGAGGCAGCUCCUGCUCCCAGGCCAGAACCUUCAUCCUGUUCUCCCACUCCAGGAUCUUCAUCUGCUGCUGCUGCUCCAGAGCCUGAGUCCUCUGCUGCUGCUCCAGACUCGACAGCUCCACGGAGUCGUGCUGGACCGAGCGGCGGCCGGCGUCUUCCGCCUCGCUGCCUGAUGAGUGGAGACGAUGGCUGAUGAGCCUGGAGGUGCCUGCGGGGUCAAAGUUCAAACAGGGCAGUGAAGGGAACUUUGCUUUUUUCCUUUAAUUUGAAUAAACAACGUGUAGAGAUCAGCUGUUUACAUGAAAGGUUCUUCAUUAACAACCGAUCUUGAUCGACAUCAAUAUUUAACGACACAAUGUUCACUGUGUUUCUAGGCAACGGAGACUGGACAGGUGGCAGAGCUUUAUCUGUGGGUACCUGGAGCUGUGAAGUAGGCAGAGGGAAAAGCCACAUCCUGUAGCUCGGCAUUGUGGGAGGUGGAGUUUGAAGUGGGGCUGUGGUGCUGCUCUGACCAGUCGCUGCCUGUUAUUCUGUCCAAGGCGUCGCGCUGGAGGCAGACGGUCACUUGCUCCUUGGUGUCUUCACUCUGGGGAGGAACAGAGUGAGUUCAGGGGUCGUUUCAUGCUGGUGCAACAUUUCUUACAUUAAUGUCGAGUUAUGAAUCUUAAUCCAUCACCAGGAGCUGCUGCAGGUUUAUCAUCAUGCUGUUCUUUGGUUUAAAUAUAUAAAUAUCAAAUAAAUAUAAAGCAUAAUGAGUACUUUGAUAUUUACCUGAGUGAUGGUGCCGUUCAUCUGCCCAGCAGCAUUUAUCAUCAUCAGAUUUCCUGCUGAAAGGACAGACACAGGGAGGGGCUGCAGGUUAAUGCAGUUUAAUAAAAUGAGCAGAGAGCGCCUCCUUCUGGUGGAAACAGGUACAACAUCACCUUCACAGAUGCUGCACAUUGUUCAGCGUGUUCUUGUGGAUAACACCAAACGCAACUGUUCAGAGUUUAUAAGUGAUGAGAUAUCCGUCUGCAUGUGAAGUAGACAUGGAUUUAUUCAGGGCUGUAAAUCUUUACUCAAACAAUGAGAAAAUCCACAACGUCAGUCUCAGAUUUACCGUCAGUGAAAAAGUUUCAGGUUGAGGUUUUUAUAAAUAAAGUUUAGAAAUCCUUCUCUUUACAUUCACAUUUUACACUUUGAAACUACAUUCAAGGACGAUUUCAUUCUUUUCCAGGAGAGUUUCUUUCUGAGUGGAACUGUUUGAAUUGAACAUGUUUCAGUGCAGCAGAACAGACAGUGUUUAGUUCUGCAGCCUGAUGAAGCACAAUUACUAUAAAUCCCUCAAAGGCUUUUAUUAAAUGACAAAAAACCAAAUGGCUUCAUUAUUACUAUUAAACCGUUUCACUGGAAACUGCAGAAAACUUUCAUCUUUUAUCUAAAUAUAAUUUUGUGACUCUCCGUGUUCUUUGUGUAUUUGAUGUUGAAUUGCUUCAUGUGGUUGUUUUCAAUGACUGGUUGAAAUGAAGGGGCUUCCUUCCUCUCCUGCACUAUCUCUAUUUGUUUUAUUACAUAUCUUUUUACUGUGUAAUAUCUCACUGAAACUUCUGUGCAAAUAAAUGAAACUAAAAACUAAAUUAAACUUUUCCAUCACA